AACCGAAAAACAUAGCGCCAGAACGCGGGAAACAAAAACGGUUUCAAUCUGCAGACAAAGCGUGCCCCUCGAUGCUAACAGUUUCUUCUUUUGUUUCCUUAUUUUUCUGGCACUGCCCUCUCUCUCCAACGCAUAUAACAGUUGGCGUUUGCAUCGUUUUCUCCCGAUCUCCACCGACUUUCCCGAUCCCUGGAUUGGAAGCCCCGCGAUUCUCAUCUAUGGCUUCGGAUAAAGGUCGGCCAUUGCCAAAAUUUGGUGAAUGGGACGUGAACAACCCUGCCACAUCAGAAGGAUUCACCGUUAUAUUUAACAAGGCCAGAAACGAGAAGAAAACCAACGGUACCGCAGUGACCGUUGUAACCCCACGGAAAUCUGAUACUGACGAUAUGGACGAGAAGGAUCAAAUUCCGAAGAAGAGAAAGUGGCUUUGCUGUGGCGUAGUAUAGAGUUUUCUUAUAAAGUGAUAUGCGGUGAAGAAAUAUACCCCCGUAGACUGAUUGGGAGUGAAUCCUGGACAAGCAAAAACAAAACCAACUAGUUCUUCCAUUAUUAUUUAAUUCUGUUGAUCAUGGGUUAUUUAUUUCCACCUUCUUGACGUUUGUGAACUAACACAUGAGAAAGAAGUGAAAGUGGUGGCCAGUGGGCACGACCUUAGUUAAUUGAAAUGUGAGUGUUUGUGAUUUGUGACCA